AUGAAACAAAUUGUCAGUUACUAUGAAGUCAUGAAUAAUAGACACAGAACUGUCAGAGCUCAUGGCACUGAAGCCUCCAAUGAGGAGUGGAUUGGAUGUGGGGCUCAGUUUUUCUUUUCUUGCUUGGCAGCCUACACCCAGUGCUACCUCCUAGCAGCCAUGUUCUACGACUGCUGUGCAGCUAUUUGUAAGCCGUUACUUUAUUCAGGCACCAUGUCUGCUUCUGUUUGCCUGGGCUUGUUGCUGGGCUCCAACACAGGAGGCUUUCUGAAUGCCAUAGCCCAUACCGCUAACACCUUCCGCCUGAGUUUCUGUGGUAGAAAUGUCAUCGACCACUUUUUAUGUGAUGUGCUGCCGUUGGUGAAAAUGUCCUGCACAGAUACUCGGGUCUACGUGAUAAUCCUUUCCACUAUUGUGGGCUUCACUGUCCUCUCCUCCUUGCUCGCCAUCCUCAUCUCCUACCUCAACAUCCUCCUGGCCAUCCUGAGGAUCCGCUCAGCCUCGGGAAGGCGCAAGGCAUUCUCCACCUGUGCUUCCCACCUGGUCUCGGUCAUGCUCUUCUAUGGCUCCUUGCUCUUCGUAUACUCAAGGCCCAGUUCCAGCUACACCCUGAAGAGAGUCAAAGUGGCCACCCUACUCUACACCAUCAUCAACCCUCUGCUCAACCCUGUCAUCUACAGCUUCAGAAACAAAGACGUCAAAGAGGCCUUCAGGAAGGCAAUUCUGUCCAUAGGACCACCUUCAGGAAGCUUAUUUUAUGUCUUUAUUGCAGUUCACAAAUUACCAUUUUGUAGACAUGUUUGUAUGAGUUUCUGUAGUCCAAUUAAACAUGACAAUCUAUACUCAGAAAUGUGA